GGUCGAAGUGGGCGGAGCGAUAAGCGCGCGUCUAAAAAUCGCAUGUUCCGCGAAAUCGGCGCACAAUCAAUGAAAAAUGCCGGCAGGAUUCUAUUUGUUGCUGAGUGCGGACGGAAGCACAUCAUCUCGCAGCGUGCAGCGAAGCCAGUAGUAGAGAGUGUUGUUUUGUUUUUCUCACAGUGACACUACAACCGAAACACAAUAGAACGGCGCAAUAAAUCAAUAACGGGUUAGUUGCUUGCUCGGAUCACGCACAAACUCACGUAAAUCGCGUCGUACAGUGACGAUAAGCAGUGUUAUGUGGUGUGAUUUGUGCGAGAUGCUAUAAAUGACUGCAUGUGGUUCGCUUCCUGGUUGGAAUCACUGCUCGCUUAUGCAACUUACGGUGGAUGAAUCACACGUCUGAGGGAGGGGGUCCGAAUAGAGUGCGAGAGGGGUAGUGUGAAAGUGGAGAAAGCAGUGAGCGUGUGUGGGGUGUUGUUCUUAGGCAAAAACACAAACAACCGCUACAAACAGCGUCUUCUGGCGGGUCGUUCUCAAUUUCGCGAGAUUGUUGCCAGUUGGAUCGGUUGGAGCUGGCCGGUGGUUGCUGUAGUUCGGGGCUCGCGCACCCGUCGUGUUAUUGUUUCCGUGUGUAUUCUAUUUGUUUUCGACGGAAGACACAAAGUAAAGCAAAGUGCCAUUGUGUGCCUUGCAGAACGGCGGGGCACUGUGCAAAAGGGAAAGCUGUGCCUCCGAUGUUGACCCGAUGUUGGAGGAUGGUAAAAAGUGAGCUGGAUGUCUAGAUAUUGUUUUCCCUCAAGUAGUGUGUGAGUGUGUGUUGUUUGUGUCCACAAAUCUUGGGAAACUUGGGCAGGUCUUGCGUACCUAGGACCCGUUAAUGUCGGUCAGUGCUUCCGUGUGUAUGAAACUGUGCGACAAAGUGUAGCCUUUCGUAUCAAACCGGUCAAGUAGGCGAACUGUUGUAGUGUGAACGCGCGUAGUGAAACCAAAGUCUUGGGCGUCUUUGAUCGUUAAACUGAGCUCAACGGACAUCAGAUCGAACCGUUCUAGAACUUUAAGGCGGAACGCCGCAGCUCUGUUUAGUGUCGUGGGUUAAUUUUGGAGCCUGUGUUGAGUGUGAUUCUAUGCGGCACCAGCUGGACGAAACGAAAUCAUCCACUUUUAUGAAACUGCCGUUCGAUCGACUAGCUAGAGUGAUGAAUCUGGAAGAGCCCAGCUUCGGAGACAACUACAUACAGGAGUUCGUGCUUGAACACCUGGACCACGACACGGGACCGAACGUGAAGCGUGAGGACACUAGCCCCACAAUCCUCGGCAAUGGUGCCGGCUCGAAGCAUCUGUGGAACGGUGCCACGACGAUGGACGAGAACGGUGGCAUCGUGCCGAUCAGGUUGAAGGCGGUCAGCAAUGGCGUGGUAGCCACGGGCGUUGGCAACGGUUGGCAUCUGGAGGAUGCUCGCAAAUUGCAUGCCGCCUGCUCGCCCGGUCCCGGAGACCUGUUCACACACGUCGGUGCACCGACGCACGGUCAACCGAUGCUGUUCAAUCCCCCGCUCAGCGGUGUACCGUCGACACCGCCGGAAACACCUCCGGUAAUCGGAUCUCCCAACUCAUCCGGCGGUGUUGGUGGCACCGGUGGAGUCGUGAGCGGCGGUGGAGGCUACGUUAACGGCCCGUACUAUGGCACCCGUUCCCAGACCGGUCUGGUCGAGGAGAUGAUGUUCCUGCCACAGACGAUGCGGGGUGAGCAACCGCUCGACCUACGACCGCUGCACUGUUCCAUCGGUCCGGAAGGGGACUGGAUCGAUCGGAAGGAGUACACCGGCGUGCUGACCGUAGCAAGCGGUCCGAACGGGCAAAACGGUAUGCUCGGUGGGGUUGGCGGUGGUGGUGGAGGCGGUGGUGCAGCCGGUCCCAAUGGAGGAAUCGUAACGGUGAGCAAUACAGCUGCGAGUGGGGGAGGUGGCGUUGGGGGACCGUUCCAGCAUCAUCAUCACCAUAUCACGGCGGCCCAGCUGGAGUUUGGUCCGCUGAGCAUGCACAAUGUGUCGCAUCAGCAUCCGCACCACCAUCACAGCCAUCAUCAUCAUCAUCAUCAUUCGCUACACACGAACCGGCCACACUCCGUCAGCUCCACGAGCUCCACCAUUUCACCCCGCCACGGUACCAGCAGCAGUGGUGGAGGUAGCUGUUACAACGGCCUGGGCGGAUCGGGCUCCGGCAAUGGGCUCUCCUCCGAGGAUCUCAUCAACGACGAGCUGCUGAUGACGCUGUCGGUGCGCGAGCUGAACAAACGGUUGCAUGGCUGCCCGCGGGAUCAGGUCGUACGGUUGAAGCAAAAGCGGCGUACCCUGAAGAACCGAGGCUACGCACAGAACUGUCGAUCGAAGCGGCUGCAGCAGCGCCACGACCUGGAGAUCACCAAUCGCCAUCUCCAUCACGAGAUGCAACAGAUGAAGAUGGAGCUGGCCAAGAUAAAGCAGGAACGGGACGAGCUCAUCCAGACGCUGCAGAUGCACCAGCGCGACCAGUCAACACAGCAGACGGCAGGCGUGUUGCAACAUCAGCAACAUCAACAGGCACACCAUAAGCAACAGCAACAUCAACACCAGCAGCAACACCAACACCAACACCAGCAACAGCAUCAGCAGCAUGCACACUAUCAGCAGCAGUCUCGGCAGCAGCAACAACAGCAUGCCGGCAGUGGAAGUGCUUCCGGUGCCAGCAGUGCCGGCAAUGGUGGUGGUGGUGGUGGUGGUGGUAGCAGUGGAGGAAGCGGUAGUGGCAGUGCCGGUGCUGGAGUUGGCGCGGGGUUAGUUUCCUCGGUGAAGCAACUGAUCGCGGAGAGUGUUACAUCGCAGGAGUACUACGUAUGA